AUGAGUUCUGCACCGAAUGGGCGCAAAAAGCGCCCCAGCCGGUCCACCCGCUCCUCGAUCUUCCAGAUCAGCAAGCCCCCGCUGCAGAGUGGGGAUUGGGAGCGCAGGGGCAGCAACUCCGAGAGCGCCCACAAAACCCAACGAGCCCUGGACGACUGCAAGAUGCUUGUCCAAGAGUUCAACACGCAAGUGGCCCUGUACCGAGAGUUGGUCAUUUCUAUCGGGGACGUCUCCGUCAGCUGCCCCUCACUCCGGGCGGAAAUGCACAAGACAAGAACCAAAGGCUGUGAAAUGGCUCGUCAGGCACACCAAAAACUUGCUGCCAUCUCGGGCCCGGAAGACGGUGAGAUCCAUCCAGAAAUCUGUCGGCUUUAUAUCCAGCUGCAGUGCUGCUUGGAAAUGUACACAACAGAGAUGCUCAAAUCCAUAUGUCUGCUGGGGUCUCUUCAGUUUCACCGAAAAGGAAAGGAGCCUGGUGGGGGAACCAAGAGUUUGGAUUGCAAAAUUGAGGAGAGUACUGAAACACCUGCUCUAGAGGACUCCUCAUCAUCCCCUGUAGAUAUUCAGCAACAUUCCUGGCAGGUUUCCAUAGACAUCGAGAACACUGAAAGAGACAUGCGAGAAAUGAAAAACCUUUUAAGCAAACUCAGGGAAACUAUGCCUUUACCAUUGAAAAAUCAAGAUGACAGCAGCCUUCUAAAUCUAACUCCCUACCCCUUGGUUAGAAGACGGAAGAGAAGGUUCUUUGGGCUGUGUUGUCUGGUCUCAAGCUAGGCAACUCCUCCUGGAAACCCACCAUUGAGAAGACCUGAAAAUAUCACAGAACCUGAGGACCUCCAGACAGCUGAACUACAAUUAUUGGUUUUUGACUAUGUUUUCUAUGCUUCCUUAUUACUUUUAUUCGCCUCCCCCUACCCUUUUAAAUGAUUUUACAUUUGAA